AUGACCGCGACCAAGCUUAAUGUGAAAUCCACGUUCGAAAAAGAUUUAGAACAACUUAACGAGCAAGAGCAGGUGUCGUCGUCUGGAGAGAAGCAUCGUCAAACGUGGGCACGACCUCAAGUACCUCUGAUCGACACUAAACGAAACCCGAUUAUCUUCCAACAGCUUGAGGUUGACGAUUAUAUUGAUUCGCUUAGAAGCCCGACCAUUCGUCUAUACGGCUUAACUGAGGGUGGCAAUAGUGUUUUAUGCCAUGUCACUGGCUUCUUGCCCUAUUUCUACAUUCCUGCUCCUGCGGGCUUUAAGGAAAAUGACGUGCCAUCAUUGAUAAAAGCUAUAGAAAAUGCAAUAGGGUCUGGAAACAAAUUGCCUAUUACGAUUGAAAUACAUAUGAAAGAAAUCCAAAUAGCCUUGACUAUCUUACGUAGCAUCGAAUCAGGCUCUGUUCAAUUUAACGGCUUGCGUGAAAUUACAUUUGAGAGCAACAUUUCGUAUGUCCUGCGUUUUAUGAUCGACUGUAAGGUUACCGGAGCAAAUUGGAUAGAACUGCCGCCUGGGACGUACAAAAUACGUGUAUUGUCUGCCAAAGUUUCGACCUGUCAGAUUGAAGUUGAAACAAGGUAUGAUCAAUUCGUGAGUCAUACGCCUGAGGCCGAGUGGUUGAAAAUUGCUCCGUUAAGAAUUUUGAGCUUCGAUAUUGAAUGCGCUGGACGGAAGGGUAUUUUUCCCGAACCAAAAGUAGAUCCAGUAAUUCAGAUUGCAAAUGUUGUAACUAUCCAAG